GUUUAAGCAAAGAAAUGCCUUCCAACUUCCAAAGUGACCGUUUCUUUUGUUUGUUGUUAUUAUUAUUAAUUUUAACACAUCUAUAAAUAACCCUGGUCUGGUCAGAAUUUUUUUACUUAGAUGGUGGUGGGUCCCAUAUACCUAUACAAUCCUAGUCCUACAACAGCAAAUUGCAAUUGCAACCCUGUGUUUCAUUUCAUUAUAAAUACUAAUACUUUCCCCUCUUGCUCUUUAGAAUCUCAUCUCUCUGUUCUCUAAUAAUCUCUCAAACACUUACAAUCCAGUAGAGAAAACAAAAUAAGAAGAAGAGAAGAUAAUUAGAGUACAUUGAGAGAUUCACCAAUCUUCUCAUAUCCUUAUUUAUUUGUUUUUCUUCAGUUUCAGUACUCUUUCAGCUAUAAAUAAUAAUGGCUCAAAGGACAACAUUAUUCGUUAAUUUAUUUGUGUUAUUAACAAUUCAGUUGUUCAUAUCAGGUGUGGUCUCAACAAGUUUCACAAUAUUAAACAACUGCGAUUACACAGUAUGGCCAGGCAUUUUGUCAAACGCCGGCGUUUCGCCACUUCCGACAACUGGUUUCGUUCUCCAAAAGGGUGAGUCCAAGACCCUAACGGCCCCAACCUCAUGGGGAGGCCGAUUUUGGGGGAGGACCCAUUGCACCCAGGAUUCCACCACCGGUAAAUUCUCUUGCGUAACAGGGGAUUGUGGCUCCGGUAAGGUGGAAUGCGCCGGGAGUGGGGCAACCCCACCUGCCACGCUGGCAGAGAUCACCCUCGACGGCCACGGUGGACUCGAUUUCUACGACGUGAGCUUGGUCGAUGGAUACAACAUCCCUAUGAUGUUCACUCCUCAGGGCGGUACCGGUCAGAAUUGUACCAACACCGGUUGCAGAGCUGACCUCAACGACGCUUGCCCUUCGGAGCUCAAGGUCACCGGCGUCGAUGGUGGUGCCGGCGUCGCUUGCAGAAGCGCGUGCGAGGCCUUUCGGGAACCUCAGUACUGUUGUAGCGGCGCGUAUGGUACACCCGAUACUUGCAAACCGUCUUCGUACUCUGAGAUAUUUAAGAAUGCGUGUCCACGCGCUUACAGCUAUGCUUACGACGAUAAGUCCAGCACAUUCACAUGCGCCUCAGUUAAUAGUUACACCAUCACCUUCUGUCCAUCCCCUACCACCAGCCAAAAAGCGUCACAACCACAAGAAGGGCAGAAUACGGAGAACGCAAACCCAUCACCGCAUAGUGCCGGCGCAGGCAGCGGUACCGGCACGAUGAUUUACGAAGGAGCCCUUGAUGAAGAGAUCAACGGAUCACCGUCCACGCGUCCCCACGUGUUGGGAUUUCAAGGCCUAGCUGGAUUAAUCAGUGUCACGUUGGCUAUUUGGCAGUUGUGGAAACCCUUCUUCUAACUUUUUCACUUCAUUAGUUAGUGUAGUAGGCCCAUUAGCAUUAGGUUCCAAGGUUUCAGGUCCCAUCUAACUCUAGGCCCAAUAUCGUAGCACCGCGUGUGGACCCCGCACUUUGUUUGGUUCAUGAGGUUCACAUCGGUGACGUGGAUUCGAGUCAUGAUUUAAAAAGCUCACCGGUCAAUUAAUUAAUGUCUAACCACACACUUGCGGAGAGAGUCUCUUUCAAAAUUCGAUUAAAAUCCAAUUAACAUGUCUUUAUACGGAAACCAAUAUAAAACAGAAUAAUAGUGGUGCUGGAAAUCGCAAGAAGAUGAGCUGUUUAUUUAGUAUAAAAAAAAAAUUAGGAUUUUUAAUUUUAUUGUAUUUUUUCCUUUUCCAGUUAUAAAAUAUUAAAGGGAGGGUUGGGAUUCAUUUGUUUGUUUAGACUUUAUAUAUAGAGAGUUCCAUUAUUGUAUGCAACCACCAAAUUUGGUGCUUAAAUAUAUUGAAAUGAAGUACUAAUUAUUUAUCAUUA